CCUCGCCGCCGCCGACAGGUCGCUGUGGGAUUUGGCCCUCAGGGACAUCGUUGUGUCUGCUGGGCUCCGUGCGGAGCAGCCGAGCAGCUCAGAAGAAGAGGAGCGACCGUCUCUUCUCUACAGCUGACCGGCCACCCGGCUUUCAUGUUUCAUGGAAAUCCUCACAACUCGGUUUGCUUUUCCCCGUGCGUCGGCUUUCUUUGCUUCCUCCACCUCCAGCAGCUUCGUUCCACGUCCACAUGAGCGUCCUCCAGAGCAACGGGAUGGCCGCGGUGGCGCUGCUCCUCUCCCUGUCGGCCUGGGCCGUGGCGUCCGGCGGCGAGCCGGUGAAAGGUCCGGGAGCCGCCGGCGUCUUCUUGCUCAUCGAAGGCGGGAGGUACACGCUGGACGCGGCGGCGGCAGCGGCCGCCUGUCGGAGGCUGAGCGUCACCGUGGCGACCAGAGCCCAGAUGGAGCGGGCGCUGCAGCGCGGACUGGAGACGUGCAAGUUCGGCUGGAUCUCGGAGCAGACCGCCGUCGUCCCGCGGCGCUCAGCCGACGUUAGAUGUGGAAAGGGCAAAACGGGCGUGGUGACGUGGUUCGCCAGAGCAGACCAGAAGUUUGGAGUCUUCUGCUUCAAUGCGUCAGAUUUAGAGAUAACAGCAAACAGAACCACAUCCGGUCCACACAGCUCCGGUCUGCCGACCACAUCGACCACGCUGACCCGGAUCCAGACCCUCAGACCAGCAUCCAGCUCUUCACCUUCAAUGCAGCCAGUAACAGAAGCUCCCGAGGAGACCUCUUCCCCCGCCGCCUUCACUCUGCUGAUCCAGACCAGCCCUUGGCCUCGCUCCUCCUCCUCCUCCUCCUCCUCCUCUCAUGUUCCCACCUCUCUUUCUCCACUCCUCGCCUCGAAGCCCUCUGUCGUCGGCUCGGUCGUUUCUACUUCUGCCUCCAGCUCGUCUCUUUCCUCUGAGUCGGGGAGGCUGGGCACCGCCACACCUCCCCAGAGAAGUACGUCCUCGUCCUCGUCCUCGUCUUCGUCCUCCUCUUCGUCCUCAUCCUCACGUUGUUUGAGGUGUCUAUGUGUUUGUGUUGCUCUGAUGAGCUACGUUCAGGUCUUUUUCUCGAUGUGGUUUCAUGUGACGCUCGUUGUGGCCACCAGGGGGGAGACCGAACACAACCAGCUGACCUCGGCGCUUUUUAAACACUUUUUUCAAAAUUGGAUAAGAGGCAUUAUGAUUUAUGAUUAA